AUGUAUUCUUCAGCAGCAAUCGAUGAAACAGAUUGCACAACAAUAGUAGCAAAUCACACAGCAACAGGAGCAGAUUGCAUAGGAACAACAAGAGAUUAUAGUACAACAACAACAAGAACAGAUUGCACUGAAACAGCAACAAAUUACACAGCAACAGGAACAUGUUAUGAAACAACAACAACAAAUUUCACUACAACAGGAACAAAUUAG